AUGAAAAUUCCAGAGACCUCUGCAAAUAUCGGUGCUUAUUAUGGCAAUGACGAGAAUGGUCAGUGGCAGCCAAACGGUGUGAUAAUUGACAACGGUGUCGGCGGCGGCGUAGUGGGUAGCGGAGACGCGGGCGUCCACAGACCACCUGUCUACCCAGUCCAUAUUCCGAGGGGUCACCAUAUACCCGGGUACGUUAUGGCCGGUGCCUACUACCCACCAGCACCCUACCCCCCUGUACCCCCCGCUCCCCAGGACGAUUUUGCUGACUACAUGUGGAUGGAGAACGAGGAAGAAUUUGACAAACAAGUGAUGCAACAGUUGGAGGAGGAAGCUCUGAUGGAGCAGUGCAUAGAGGCGAUGUUGGAAGACGAGCAGCGAGAGAGGCACAGGCCGGUCUCCAACGGCCACAACCACCACUACCCCACCACCAGCAACGGUCAGCCAUCCCUGUCAUUGGAGGAGGCAGUGUCAAGGUCCACUCUCAACCCUCUGGCGGCGGAGUUUGUGCCGACGCGAGCUAGACCACCGGCUACGGAUGAGGAUAAACAGAGCACAGAAGAUAAGGUACCAGAAGAGGCGCAAAGCGCGAAGCCAGAGGAAGUCGCAGCCAAGACAGAGGCGGAGGACAAUAAAGAAGUUCCGGAGGAAAGCAAAAUAGAAGAGACCCCUUCGGUGCCCAGCGAGACGCCAGAAGUGAGCGCGGCCGAUGUGCAGCCGAUCAGCGAGCGGAAACCACGCGAGCCAAAGCGCCAAGAGACCAAGAAACCCGUCAAGCAGACGGGACCCAAAGCCAAGCCGCUGCCAGCCAGGGCAGACCCUAAGCCGGCCCUCAAAAAGAAGGAGCAGAAGCCACCGAAGCCGGAGACGAGGGUGGAGGAAAAGCAAGAAGAGGCACCGCCCUCUGAUCUUAUCAAGCAAUCACCGCCGCCGGCCGCGGAGGAGGUGAAAGAGGGCCCCAAGCCGGUGAACUACGCCGCCGCAGCCCGCGCCGUCAAGCCGCGCAAGCCGAGCAGCCCUCCCCCCGCCGAGGGGGCAUCCCCCGGCGCCCCCAAAGCCGAGCGGGGGAAGCCCCAGCCGCAAGCCGAGAAGAGGGACAAGCCGAAGGUUGACAAACCAGCCGCCGUUCAGAGGAAGAACUCGGCGAAG